AUGAAGGAUAUGAAUUGUAAGGUCAGCUCAAAGAUAUCCCUUGUAAUGUUUUAGUGGACUUUAAUUCUCGACGUCCUCGAAUCCCAGUAGAGUCGAUGGAGGUGUCGAUAUCGGACAACGAAUUAAAUGAACGAUAUAAAAAGAUCAAGGAAACAUCGGGUAUUUUGAAGAUGAACGGUCAGAUCUACGAAGGUGUGAAGGUAGAUGAUCUUAUUUAUGUCGCUGAACUGGGCAGGGGGACCUGUGGAACCGUCUCCAAACGAAAGAUAAGGGCUAGAACGGUGGCUGUUAAAGUGAGACAAGAAAAACAAGCAUUUUAAUUGAAUUCGAUUACAUAAUUUCUUAGGAGAUGAAGCGCACGGAUAACAUCCAAGAAUCGAAGCGAAUCCUCAUGGACUUGGACGUGGUUCGAAAGUCGAAUGAAUGCCCUCAUAUCGUGCAAUGUUUCGGGUACAUAAUCACAGAGGAUUAUCUCUAUAUUUGCAUGGAAGUGAUGGCCAGUUGUUUUGAGAAGGUUCUGAUUAACAGGAAUUACACUGGACUGCCUGAGGCAAUAAUUGGGAAAGUUGCUUUGGCGGUGGUCGAAGCUCUGUCCUAUCUCAAGAAUGUCCAUGUAAGUCUUGUCCUUCCGGUAUGUCAUGGUCUUAGAGUCUCAUGCAUCGAGAUAUAAAACCAUCGAAUAUUUUGUUGGACUGGCACGGUCACAUUAAACUUUGUGAUUUUGGAAUCUCCGGGCAAUUAAUUGAUUCGAAGGCGGCCUCGAUGUCUACUGGAUGUCAGGCAUAUCUCGCGGUAAGCACAAUGGCUGCAUUAGAAGAGUUGUAUUACUUUCACAUUGAAGUGUUUAGCCUGAGCGUGUGGAUCGAUUGCCAUAUAACGUUACAGCGGACGUUUGGAGUUUGGGGAUUACUCUUGUCCAAUUGGCCAAGGGAUACUUUCCAUACAGAACAGAUCCUAACGAAGAGUUGACGGAAUUUGCAGUGAUGCUCAAGAUUAGAGAUGAAGAACCGCCUCAGGUGGAUCCCGAAAAGUUCAGUGCUGAAUUCUGUGAUUUCGUAAAGAACUGUCUUCUGAAGUCUUGUCAAGACCGACCAAAGUACGACAAACUCUCGGUAAGUUAAGGGAGGCGGGGUGAUGCGACUUCAAUUGUCAUCCAUAUUAUACCACGACCAUUAGGAUCCAGUCAAUCUAUGUAUUAGGUUGUCCCACAAAUAAUGUCGUUUUCGAGAGGGGUAGAGUCCAAAGUCCAUAAAAAACGUAAACAACAACAAAAUUUCACAAUAUUGCACAAUUUUGUAGCCGGGAUCACAAGGUUUCGUUCAAGGUAAGAUUUGACAUAUUUGGAUGAAAUUACAGUAAUUUAGCCCCAUUCCAAAAUUAUGGAAAAAAGUUCGAUUCGUGCCGUCAUCUUGUACGAGCAAAAACAGGGUAUAAAAGUUACAGGAGUUACACAAAAUAUCAACGGCGUGUUCGGCGAGUCUGAUGUGAGUCUGAACACGGUGAAACAAUGGUUCAAAAAAUUUCGAUCUGACGGUGAGGGACUCAAAGAUAAAGUCCGGCACCCAAACUUAUAUGAAUUUACCCUGGGGCCAUUACUUGUCAGAUAUCCUACUAAUCAACAUCCAACGCGUCUCUGACAUUGUCUGGGUGUUGAAAUAAUCGGCGGCUAACCGUUGGAAGUCGAUGGAAUUCAACAAAAUACUCGGCAGCUUUUUCCCAUAUUAAUGGACCAAACCACAGAAUGGAGGUGUUACGUUUGUUGCUUUUACAAUCCGAAGAGCCGGGGUUUCUAGAUCGGAUCGUGAUCCGUGAUGAAGAGCAGAUCCUGUACGAGAACCAGAUGUGCCCAAUGGAGUCCCCUGAGGGUACCAACACGGAACUUGGCAAAGCGACCCCCCAUAAACAAGGUGAUGGGCACUGCUGGAUGGUGCAGCAGGGAUAUCUCACAAUACAGCUCGUUGAAAGUUGGCCAAAAUGUAAAUGCUGUGUCCUGCUGUAUUCAGAUAGACAGCUUAUGGCAGAAUAGGCCUUUAAAAACACGCCGCGGAAUUCCAAAAGUUCUAGGCGACGAUGCGCAACACCACGUUGUAAAGACUACGCUCCAGGAGUUGAGUUAAUGGAGAUCCGGGACUCUCCUUCGUCCGGAGUACUCGCUAGGCAUGUCUCAUACAGAUUGCUACCCUUCCAAGAGUCUAAUGGGUUUCCUCCGUGGUAGGGAAUUUAUGAAUCAAGACCUUGUUUAAUGGGCCUUCAAAAAUUUCAACGCGUUGCAAUAGCGUGGUAUAACACAUGAUGAUUAUUUUGAUCAAAAAUAUCUUCGUUAUUUCGGUAAAUUUCUUUGUACAAAAAAUCUUUUGAAGAACGACAUUAUUUGUGGGACAACCUAAUAGAAUGGUCCGCCGGGUAUCAAUGAUAAAAACAGUCACCCCGAGCUGCAAAUCAUCGCCAUUGCCGGCCUUGCCGAUUUAGUCACUGAUUCCGUUUCAGAAAAUGGCUUUCCUCAUUAGCGCAUCUCAGAAUGAGCUAGAUGUUGGUCAUUGGAUAGAAAAUCAAGAUAAAUAUGAUCCGCCUUUUCCACCGCGGACUAUGUAG